AUGGCAGCACUCCAACAAGAAGCCGAAGCCCUUCAUCGCAAGCUCAAUGAAGAUGGUGAAACUAGCAAUCAAUAUCUCAUGGUGAAAAGAUUGCCCAAAGGCGUCUCGGUCCUCCUAGGCGAGUACCGCAAAAUGAUGGACAGCGUUAUUUACAGGCUAAGCUGGGAAGGCGAAAGAGGGCAAAUUAGAAUUAUCCCAUCGCCUGCUUAUACUAUGACUACCAGGAGGCUGGCUGACAAGAUCACCGAUGCCCUCCUUGACAGGGGCGUUCGUUUUCGGGACUUUGGAUGGGGGAGUACCAAGGCUUAUCCCUCACUAAUUGGACGUGGUGGGAAACAGCCUGAUGAUUGUUUCCUGCCACCGACAAGAAGAGAACUACCUGCAGAAGAAGUCAAGUGGCCAACUCUCGUCAUCGUGUCGGGGACGAGUGAAUCCCAAGUAAAGGUGAUCGAGGACGCCAGCUGGUGGUUUGAGAAUAGCUAUGGCCAAGUUCGCAUGGUGAUCACUCUGUUGAUCAACAAAAUAAAGAAAACCAUCGACUGGGAGAUGCGGCAGUUGACAGAACGGGGCCGGUCACCCCCUGAGAAGUCCUAUUUCACAAGGCCAUAUUUGGAAAUGCCUCCCCUGGCCCUGCAGCAUCCUGCUGAGCAGCAGCAGUACAUCUCACAAAUGGGACAGUUCAGCCAGGAUCGAAUAAUUAAGAACACGCGGAUGUACAUUCACUCUCGGGCUUUGCUUGAUCGUAGGCCGGGACCCCGUGAAAAGGAUAUCCAGCUGAAUGCGCAGGAUCUUAUCGACAUUGCUAAAUUUCUUUAG